GAUGUCGGCUUCUGUCGGAGUGCUGCAGAGCCGCGUGUCGUCUCUCUGUCCGCCCGGUUUCACCUCACUGCUCCGGAGGAAGCGUCCGGGGACAUGUCCCGCCGGCAGACGGUGGAUGUCGCGCACGGGACCAGGUACUUCGCUGGAGCUGAGGUUAGCUGGCUAAUGUUAGCAUCUCCGUUAGUCUGCUGCGGGACCGGACCCGCUCACAGGAUCCAGGUACCGACACCGGACAGCCGCCUGGUUCAGACCGGGUCCAGGCCUGGUUCUGACUCAGUGAACAGUCUCACCGAGGCGGCGGGACCGGCCGUACAAACUUUAAUCAGCGGCGUAGGUCAAAGUCUAACCCAGGUGUGUCAAGGUAGCGUUAAAGUCUCAGCUCCGGAUGUUUCUGUGACCGAGUGGAAAACGUUUGAUCCGGUAAAUAAAAGCAUCGAACUGACGUUAACACGCGUCUGUGUUCAAACGUUAAUUAUCCAAACAAAUAUCGAACAGCAAAAACUCAUAAACACGUGUUAAUAACUAACGCGAGAACCAACCUUUUACUGUAUAAAACACGUGACUCUGGUCACAUGUUUGUUCCAUUUCACAGCUGAUCUGAGUCAUUUUUUCUGUUUAAGACGUUUUAAAUGAACGACACCAAACAUUUCUCCUGUGUGAGGGUUAGCUGCUGAGCUCCGUGAGCUGCUACCUGACAGCAGGUGCUCUGUGUCCAGCUGCAUGUCACUGCUGCAGGAGCUCGUCUGUGUCUCAGUGGACGGAUGGCUCAUCACCGUCUGCAUCUCAUUUCCACAGGAGAGAACCUUCGACCACUGGAGGGCGUCAGAGUGUUGGACCUGACAAGAGUUCUCGCCGGUCCCUUCGCCACCAUGAUCCUGGGCGACCUGGGAGCUGAGGUCAUCAAAGUGGAGAGACCAGGUGCAGGUGAUGACACCAGGGCCUGGGGUCCCCCGUUCGUCGGCUCAGAGAGCGCCUAUUUCCUCAGCGUCAACAGAAACAAAAAGAGUAUUGCUGUGGACCUGAAACAUCCCAGAGGAGCAGAGAUCAUCCAGGAGCUGACAGGAGUGUGUGACGUGCUGGUGGAAAACUACCUGCCGGGGAAACUGGAUCAGAUGGGUUUGGGAUACGAGCAGCUGAGCGGAGUGAACCCACGGCUCAUCUACUGCUCCAUAUCAGGUUAUGGACAGACCGGUCCUCAGUCUCAGAGUCCGGGCUACGACUCCAUCGCCUCUGCAGUGUCCGGGAUGAUGCACAUCACCGGGUCAGAGGACGGCGAGCCCGUGCGUCCGGGUGUCGCUAUGACAGACCUGGCGACGGGGCUGUACGCACACGGAGCUGUCAUGGCCGCCCUGCUGCAGAGACACAAGACAGGGAGAGGAGUUCACAUUGACUGCAACCUGCUGUCCUCACAGGUGUCCUGUCUCAGCCAUAUUGCUGCUAACUACCUGAAUGCAGGGAAGGAGGCGAGACGCUGGGGGACGGCCCACGAGAGCAUCGUACCUUACCAGGGCUUCAAAACCAAAGAUGGACACAUCGUCGUAGCUGCAGGCAACGACAAACAGUUUGUCAAAGUGUGUCAGGUUUUGGAGCUGAUGCAGCUCAUGGAGGAACCACAGUACAAGACCAACAAGCUGAGGGUCCAGAACCGCACACAGCUGCUGCACACACUGUCUCAGAGGUUUCUGCAGGAGAAGACAGCUGAUUGGCUGAGGAGGUUCGAGGGUUCAGGGGUUCCUGUUGGACCAAUUAACAGCAUCCAGGAAGUCUUCUCUGAGCCGCAGGUGAAACACAACGGUCUCAUACAGGAGAUGGAUCAUCCAACAGCAGGACGCAUCGCUGUCCCCGGUCCGGCCGUUCGAUUCAGCAGCUUCACCCCUGGAGGGCCGACGCCCCCUCCUCUGAUUGGUCAGCACACGGUGCAGGUGCUGCGGGAAACCUUGUCCUACAGUGAUGACAUCAUUAAAACGCUGCUGGAGUCGGGGGCGGUGGCCCAGAAUGAAGUGUCCUGAUUGGUGGAGUGUGAGAGAGCGAGAGGAAAACGAAGACGGAGGGAGUCCUCGACAUCAGAGACACAGCUGAGGGGACGAACUCUUUCUGAACACUGUGAAUGAAAAAAGAAUUUAAACUCACUGAUGAAGAACAAACACAUUUUGACACACACACACACACACACACACACACACACACACACACACACACACACCACGGCACCAGGUGUGAAGUUUCCUAUAGUAGUUAUCAGUCUCUGCACAGAUGCAGGUGAAUAAACAGGGUGAGUGAGAAUAAUCUGACAGUGUUCGUUGAUCUAUCCAAACACCUGACUCAGACUAAUGAUUGUUCACUGCACUAAUCUGUUUUUAUGAACAGCUGCUUUU